AACCAUACCAUUUCCCAGAGUUCUCUCUUUUCAACUACCGCCAUUGUGGAGACAGGACGGUAAAUUCAUAAUGUCUUCCCACAAGACUUUCAGGAUCAAACGCUUUCUAGCGAAGAAGCAGAAACAGAACCGACCUAUCCCACAGUGGAUCAGAAUGAAGACUGGCAACAAAAUCAGGUACAACUCCAAGAGAAGACACUGGAGGAGGACCAAACUGGGCUUGUAACUGCUUCCCUUCUAUCCUCACAAGCUUCCACAGUCUUGGCCUUAUUCAUGAUGACAUCCUCUGGGCCCAGACCAGAAGAGACCAUGACAUGGACUGGCAGUCUCUCCUUUUUUGUACAGAUACUCUGCUCAUCUCUGUAUGUGAACAAUAAAAAUGGGUGAAAUGAA